AUGACGCUUCACAUUCCGUACUUGGCGGCGCUCAGGACGUACAUCAGCUAUGGCUUCCUCUUCCUCUUCGGCCACAUCCGCGACACCUUCCGCUCGCUGCUUCCGCAGCUCAAGGACACGUUGAAGGGCUACGCACCCCUCUGUCGUGACUUUGAAGACUUCUACACUCGCCGCUUCUACUAUCGCCUUCAGCUCCCUCACCACCCACUUGUUUCUUACCCUUGUCAACUCCCUCACCCUCACAUCACGGAUGGCCCUUGGACUGCAUGUGUCAUGUGGCAUGGGGGACGCUGUGUGGGCAUGGCGGGUGGCAGGCGCAAGGACACGGUGGUGCGGAGUUUGAACCUGGGGUCGUACAACUACCUGGGCUUUGGUGCGCCCGACCCCUACUGCACUCCCCGUGCCCAGGACUCGCUGCACCUCUUCGGCUCCUCCACCUGCAGCAGCCGCACCGACGCAGGCACAACGAGAGUGCACGUGGAGUUGGAGCGGUGCGUGGCGGAGUUCAUCGGCAAGCCAGCCGCCCUCGUGUACGGCAUGGGCUUCGCCACCAACUCCCUCACGCUGCCCGCCCUUGUAGGCAAGGGGAGUCUGAUCAUCAGCGACUCGCUCAACCACUGCAGCAUCAUCGCGGGAGCGCGUGCGUCGGGUGCCGGCAUCAAAGUCUUCCAACACAACGGUACGCUGCACCGCUCUGCACUCCUCCUCCACUUGCCAACCCCUCUGUGCCCACCCUCUCCCGUCCGCCUAUUCUCUCCCUCCGCUGCCAUCACGCACUGCCCCUUUGGCCUGUUAGUUCUCAACGCAUGCCUCUUGGACCUGCCGGAGAACCUGGAGCAGGUGCUGCGCACGGCCAUAGCGGAGGGGCAGCCGCGCACGCACCGGCUGUGGAAGAAGGUGCUGAUAGUGGUGGAGGGCAUCUACAGCAUGGAGGGCGAGAUCUGCCGCCUGCACGAGAUCAUGGACAUCAAGCGCAAGUACAAGGCGUACCUCUUCCUGGACGAGGCGCACAGCAUCGGCGCGCUGGGCCGCACGGGGCGCGGCGUGUGCGAGGUGGCGGGCGUGGACCCGGCGGACGUGGACGUGCUCAUGGGCACCUUCACCAAGUCCUUCGGCUCCGCCGGUGGCUACAUCGCCGCCUCCCACGUCCGUCCCACUCCCUGCUCCCUACUCCCAUGCUCUCUGCUCCCCUGCUCCCCACUCCCCUGCUCACCUACUCUCUGCUCCCCUGCUCCCCACUCCCCUGCUCACCUGCUCUCUGCUCCCCUGCUCCCCACUCCCCUGCUCACCUACUCUCUGCUCCCCUGCUCCCCACUCCCCUGCUCACCUACUCUCUGCUCCCCUGCUCCCCACUCCCCUGCUCACCUGCUCUCUGCUCCCCUGUUCCCCACUCCCCUGCUCCCCACUCCCCUGCUCACCUGCUCUCUGCUCCCCUGCUCCCCACUCCCCUGCUCACCUACUCUCUACUCCCCUGCUCCCCUGCUCGCUUCUUCCCUGACCUCUGCUAACCUGCUUACUGAUUUUCUACACUCUGCUCCCUGCUAUCUGCUCCCAUGUCUCCUGCCUGUUUCCUCACUUCUAGCUAUCGCACGCAUCCCUUUACCUGCCCAUUGCACAACGUUCUUCCAUACUUCCAUAUCCUCACCAUCCCUCCACUCUACCUUUCCCCCCUCUCCGUCUGACCCCCCCCCUGUCCGCGCCUCACCAGGAGCUGAUAGCGUAUCUGAAGGCCACGAGUCCGGGGCAUCUGUACGGGACGGCCAUGGCGCCAGCAGCGGCGGAGCAGAUCCUCUCCGCGCUCAAGCUGCUGCUGGGCCACGACGGCUCCUCAAGAGUCGUGUAGUGGCUGGGAUUCUGACAACCAUCACCGCUCUCCUUCUCCAUCUCUGCUUCCCCUCCAUGCCCAACGCCCCCACGCCAUGUGCUCCCCCCCACGUUCCCCCCCUCCCCUUCCACGCUCUGUGCCCAUGUGUGCGUGCUGGGCGGGGUGGAGCAGGGCAGGAGAAGCUGGCGCAGCUGAGGGAGAACUGCAACUGGUUUCGAGGGGAGCUGCAGCGCCUGGGGCUGGAGGUGCUUGGCGAUGAGGACUCGCCCGUCAUGCCCAUCAUGAUCUACCACCCCGGCAAGAUCGCUGCCUUCUCCCGCGAAUGCCUCAAACGCCAUGUCAGUGCCCUCACCCCGCUGCCACCCGCUGCUGCCACCCACUGCUGCCACUUCACGUUUGGUCGAAAGAAAGUGGCGGUGGUGGUGGUGGGCUUCCCCGCCACGCCCGUGCUGCUGGGCCGCGCCCGCAUCUGCAUCUCCGCCGCCCACACCCGUGCCGACCUUGAGUACGCCCUCAAGGUGCGAGUGUGCCCUCAAGGUGCGAGUGCGCCCUCAAGGUGCGAGUGCGCCCUCAAGGUGCGAGUACGCCCUCAAGGUGCGAGUACGCCGUCAAGGUGCGAGUACGCCCUCAAGGUGCGAGUGCGCCCUCAAGGUGCGAGUGCGCCCUCAAGGUGCGAGUACUUCCUCAAGGUGCUGGACGAGGUGGCGGACCUGGUGGGGCUCAAGUACAUCCCCCCGCUGCCGCCUCUUGAAGCCUCCCCCCACUCCUCCCCCACCAACGGCCCCAUCUCCCCUGGAAUGCCGGACGGCCAUGCCAAGGUCCAUGGGGGGGUGCUGGCUCAUGGGAAGGUGGAGUGA